CAAUUUUUGACAUAGGCUGUUUUAUUUUUUCUAUAACUCUUUAUUGCUAUAAAUGACGAUGAUUUUGUGAUGGUCUUUCUUUUACUUUUCUUCAUUUGCAACUGUCUGUCCUCCGUUUGAAACAAAUUUAAUCAAAACGUGUAGGAAAUAAUUACUUAAACUUUUAAUGUUUUUAUUAUUAUCAUUUUUGUUUUCUUUGCUUUUGCAAUGUGACCACAAAAUUAUUGUAUUUGUAUUUACUGUAUGUAACAAGAUACAAUAAAUGUAUAAGUUACCGAAACAAAAUACUUCUUCUUUUUCGAAUCAAAACAUCACGUUAAAAUAAAAAAAAUGUUUGAAAGCUAUAGAAUUGGUUAAUUCUAAGAAGAAGCAAAAAAUAUUAUUAUGUUAAGAAUAUGCUUGCGUGUACAUAUUAUUACUAUUUUUCAGUUAACUUGAUUCAUUUGCGAAAAUCAACGAGAUGCUGAUCAACGUAGCAGGAGUCCUCCUGCUGAUUGCCAGUAUGGCCGAUGGUCAGAAAGUAAAAUCCGUUAAAGGUCAAACAUCAAAGUACACAUAUAUGGCACUUAUUCCAAGAUAUAUAAACAAGGGAGAAAGCAGCAAUUCGACCAUUCAGGUACUCUUCGCAAAACCUGUUAUCAAUGAAAAGUUGACGGCAAAACUGAUCCAGAUUCAGCGGGCUCCUGGUGGGUUGGAAACACAGAAGGAACAUUCAGUUGUCACUGUGGGCGUACCUAGGAUGGCGACGAAUACUAAACUAUAUCUACCGAUUCCGGCAAAAUUGUCAGUGGGAAGCUAUGAAGUACAUAUUUCGGGUACUGGUCCUAUAACGUUUAAAAACUCAACAUCGGUGUUAUUCCAGAUACCGAAAACGCUUGAUAUCUUUGUGCAGACUGAUAAAGCCAUGUAUAAGCCAGGGGAUAAAGUGCAAUACAGAGUUUUUACCGUUGAUAGCAAGUUGAGUUUAGCAGAUCCGUUACUGAAUAUAGAAAUCUUCGACCCUAAAAAAUAUAGGAUAGAUGAACUGAUAGGGGUCAGAAACAAAUUCGGUAUAGAGGGUUACCUUCAAUUAUCAAAGGAACCAAUGCUAGGCCAUUGGAUGAUACAUGUUCAAGCAAAUGUAAGUUAA